GCUUAUGACUCUAUAGUAUGCUACUAUAUGCAUUGUGCUUAGUAUCAUCUGGGUUGUUAAGGACUUGCCCUCUAAUGAUACCGCAUUGAUGCCACACGACUAGAGAGGGAACGACAAACCAUCUAUACUUUGAGUAUAUCAAUGCUUGAUUGUUAGAUCAUCGUUGCCAUAGACCAUCAAUUAUGGGUCAAGAGACUCACACUUAAUCAUGUGUUAUCCUCACUUCUCUGUUCUUCAUUGAAUAUGUGAUCGCAUGAAGCAAAAUCACGCAUUAAGUUCUAUUGCAUGUGGCGAAAGCUCGAGUAGGAUGAGUUUAGUAAAAGGGAUAGACCAAUGAUAUAUAUGAGUCAUCGAUGCAUGAUAUGGACGAGUUUUGAUAGGUAUGAUAGUAAUCGAGUAUGCUUUCUUGUUCAAUAACAUAAUCUUUACUUUUAUGCAUCUAUAUAACUUGAAAACCCCCUAAACAACUUUACUCUUCUUGCUUUGUUUUGCUUUGUUUGGUUUACUAGAAUAAAAACCCCUAAAAUUAUAUAAUAUUCUUGUUCGAACAUAGAUAGUGUGGUGUGAGUAGUUAUUCAUUAGAAGACCUUCUGGAAUACGUGCCUAGCGCAUACUAGGAAUUUUAUCACUUGCAGGUUUUCAUAUAAUUUCACUAAGUACUAGAAGAAAAACCCAAAAUAUGAAGAUAGUGCAAGAGAUCAUCCAAGAAUGAAGAGCAUCAAGUUCACCUAGCUUGAGGAAGAAGUAAGGAUCAUCUAGCUUAGGAGAAGAGUGGUCUUUAAGUCACACCAAUUUCGAGCCAAGCUUGGAAGAGGGGAAGAACAUUGACGGAGACUGCAACUUCGAUUAUGAAGAAAAAAGGAGCUUCUUCAACAUCUUCCACACCAUCAAUGGCUAGAGAAGAAGGAGAGGACUAUCUAAUGGUGGCAACAAUAGUGGAUAGUCAAGCUAAUGGUGCAGGGAACCGAUAUUCUUCAAAUUAUAAAUGUGAGCUAUGAGCUACAACUGUGGUUCUUGGGAAACACACUUGCAAUUAGAGCUUAUAAUUCAUUUUUCUGAUAGGUUCCUUGCAUAUUGUCUUCUUGAUGGAGACAAAAACAUAAAAAAUAUGAGAAUGAUCAGACAAGAGAAGAAUUGGGGAUUUCUAGGAGGUGGAUGAUGUCUGACAAAUGUAUCACGUGGAGGUCAGACUGGUGGGCUAUGUGGGUGGUGGGCAGGAGAGGUAGAUGCAACACUGAUGUCCUCUACGACCCAUUAUAUAUAGACAUUAAAGUGGUCAAGAAGAAUUUUGGCUUGUGGCGGUAUAUAGGUGUCUAUGGGUUGUUAGAGAGUAGUGGGAAAUUUCAAACUUGGAAUUUGCUAUGUAGGUUGGUAAAUUAGUGGAGGGGUCAUGGUUAUGCGACAUAGAUUUUUACCAAGUUCUCUCGGCUAAGGAGAAGAGUGGAUGACACACUACUCAUGAGAUGGAGAUGCUUGAUUUUUCCUAAGCUUUACUGUACAUAGGUCUACAGAACUUGGGUUUUCAUGGUACGAGAUUACAUGAGAAAAUGGACAUAGAUAAAGUGGUUUCAAUGAUGAGAGACUAAAUAGAUUUGUUGCAACUGAAAAUUGGCGAGAUUAUUUCUCUUUAACUCGAGUUACCCACCUUGAUAAAAAGUUGCUCAGACCGAAAGCCAAUCAUAUGCGAAAUAAAGGAGGGAGGAGGAUGUCGAACCCAAAUGGGCUGGUCCUUUAAGUUUGAGUCACAUUGGGACAAACAUGCAGAGUUUCAUAAUGUGAUCCGAGAGGCUUGGUCGUAAAAUGAAAUAGAAGGAAAUGUUGACAACGAGGCCCUGCUCUGACCUAUAUCAUGAGAAGAAAUGAUGGCGGUGUUAUUACAGAUGGGAUAUUGGAAGGCAUCAGGGGUAGAAGGUAUGUCGAUUAUGUUUGUCCGCCAGUACUAGUAACUUAUAGGAGAAGAAGUGUACCAUAUGGUGCAUCAAAUUUUGGAAGACGAAGUCUUGUCGGAAGCACCGAGGCACUUAAUUAUACUAUAAUUGCGCUGAUACCUAAGGUAAAAUGUCCAAAGGAAUUUCGACCAAUAAGCCUAUGUAAUGUCUUGUAUUAAUUGGUAUCCAAGAUGAUAGCACUAUAAGAUAAACAUUGAUUUGCAACGGUUGAGUCAUGUAGGUUCAAUGAACCAACGCAGACUAAGAAUGUGCAUAAAAUUUUUGAGUCGGUUGUUGAACCGACACUAGUUUUUUUACUAUUUGUGUCGGUUACAUAUAUGUCGAGUAUAACCGACACAAAUCCCUGACUAUUGUGUUGGUUAAAAUUUGUGUCGGUUGUAACUAAGAUAAUCUUCGAAUUGAGUUAGUUUCUAACCGACCCAAAAGUGUAAAUUAUAUUUUUUUUCUUUGCCUUUGAUUUUUCUUCAUGCUUGCCCAAAAAUCCCCCUAUUUCCAAAAUUAUACUUGCCCAAAUUUUCAGAAGCCAUAUUUUUCCACAAGCUCCUUCGCUCCUCACCUUAUUCGAAUAUUUGAAAACAAUCAAAUCUCACAACCCAAAUUCAUACAAGAAGUUUCCACUACUUCAUUCUUCCUUAUUCUUUUUUUUUUAACCAAAAGAGAAAAGCGAAUUCUUGCUCAUCUCUCUUCUUGAGACAACGACGACGAAGGAGACCUUCCCCUUAGAUAUUCGUCUCCUCUCAUACUCGCCUCCAAAAAAAGCCAGGACGAGGAAAGAAGAAGAAAGAUAUAUCAUUUUUUUAUUUUGAUUUGACGAAAGUGAUCUCAAUUUUUUAUUGGAUUAGUUUUCCUUUAGAUGAUUUUGAUAUAAAAGGUUCUGAACUUGGUUUCUUGUUUGGUUUUGGAGGGGUCUUCUUGCGAGGGAAGAAUGCAGGGAAGGAGAGGUCGUGUUGUCCUCGCCACCGAUCACAUUAGUGACCACUGGUGAUGUGGGGAAGAUUAGGAUCCUUCCGGUAUCUCGCUACUAGGCUCCUCAAUUUUUUGGCCCAGAGAAAGUAGCUAAGGGGUCCUAUGACUCAAUCAACGAUCUGGGUUUCCGAUUUCUUCAAAAAUCUGGCUGGAGGGGAGAAGGGUCUGACGAUUCAGCUUGUGGUCCGUUCUUUUCCCUUUUCGUCAAAUAAAGGCAAGAUCUUAAGUUCUGAUCUGAACACGAGGAAGGCGGAAAAAAAUCCUUGUGUCGGCGAGUUUUGCUUGGCAGAUCCCACAUUGGCACAACUUAUGGGGUUGGUAGCAGGGGAGCGGGCACUGGUGAAGGCUACAUAGCCUAACCUUUUCUAGGUCUGACAUUCAUAUGAUGGUUCAUGAUCGUAAGGCUUGUUAGAAGCCCAACGGAAAAUGGCAGAGACGAUUAAACUCGAUGAUGACUCGGGGAUGGGUGGCUGAGUCGGAAGUCUGAUUUGUCUCAACUCGGAAGGAAGGUUGCCCCAAAGCUUGAUCUAGGAUCUGGUCUCAAACUGGGUGACAUGGUAGCGUCGAUCUGGGUGACGAGGCAGUGAUGAUCUUUGCAAUGAGGCGGCCAUGCUCGGGUCCAUUGGAGGAGAGAUCGAGAGGCUCUGAUGGCGAAGAUCUUGGAAUUUUUUUAAAUAUGAUAAUUUGCGUCGAUGAUAUCAAGUAGGUUAACUAAUAAUGAAUUUAAUUAUGAAAAUGGAAUUUUCCAAUAUAUAAUUAGUGUCGAUUAAGAUCAACGCAAAAUAGUUUAUGUCGGUUUCUCUAAGGGGACGGAUUUGGUUAGUGUCGACACGUUUUGUAUCAUUUAAUUGAACUCACACACAAAAAUUGUUGGUUAAAAUAUAUAAAAUAAUCGACGCUAAAUGAUUGUUUAUUGUAUUGUAGCAAACUGGAUGAAGCAUCUAUUGGAUAAGAUUGUGUCCCCUUCGCAGUUUGCUUUUGAUCUAGGAAGGGGUAUAAUUAGUGUUGUCAAAGGCGAGACGAGCCGGCCGGUCAGACCGAUAAAACUGAUACCCGACCAUCAAUUCCGGUUCGGAACACUCCCAAAGCCACGAUGGUCAGAAAGACUGGUUAGCGAGCAGCCGAAAUGGUUAACUGUUCGAGGUGAUCAAUCGGUUUUUGCCCUUCUGCCCGAAAAAAAUACUGUAGAAAGAAAGUCGUUGCCAUCUCUCUCUAUUCCUCUGGAGGUCUUCCUCGACCUCACCUCCAUCGGUGAUCCCCUCCACGUCCAACCUGUUGUUGGGAAGAGAGGAAGAAGUGGAAGAAAGAAGAUCAAUAAUGAAACGAGAGAGGAAGAAGUGGAUGAAGGAAAACAAAAGAAUGAGAUCUAGAUAUGGAUCCCAAAAGAGACACGAGAAAAUGAAAUAGAAAAGAAAGGCUUCUUGGUUCAUAGAGUAAGAGAAGAGAGGGAGGAACUGAGAGAGAAGAGAAAGGGGUGAUCGCCUAGAUGGGUGAGUUAGGGUUUUCAAUGGCAAUAUAUAUAUAUAAUGUAAAAAUACAAGUGGUACCUGCAAAGUAAAAUUCAUUUUAGCCAUUAAAUUGUUAAAUUAUUACUUUGUGUGUCUUUUAUUUAUGAUAUUAUUUGUUUAUAAGGUACCGGUUCUCUGACAAGUUUUUAAUAAUUUUGUAUCAGUUGAACCACUAAAGUAGGAGUCGUUCAUGUUACCAGAUCAUGCACUGACUCAAUUCUGACAACACUGGGUAUAACGUCGUGGUAGCUUUUGAUUGCUUCCUUACAUUCAAGCAAAACCCCAAAGAUAAGGUGGGUAUCUCGCGAUGAAGAUUGACAUAGCGAAUGCCUACGAUAGAGUGGAGUAACACUUUCUAAAGGGUAUGGUGCUGAGAACGGGCUUUGACAAUCAACGGGUGAAGCUUAUUAUGAUUUGCUUAAUACAAUAACCUAUUAUGUACUGGUUAAUGGACACAAGUUUCUAGCAUUUUGUCCAGGCAUGAUAUUCUACUAUCGACGUAUCCAUUCGUCUUCUAAGUUGAGGGUCUGUUCUCAUUUACGAUAUCAACCAUAGAGCAAAGAAAGCUUCAUAGUUUUCAACCUGCACAAUGAACCUUGAUGGUUUUGCACAUGUUUUUUCACUAACGAUAAUAUAUUUUUUCUAGGGCCACUACUCAAGCAAAUGGAAAUGAAGAAGAUUUUUUAUGGACUAUAAACAAGAUUCAACACAACAAGUGAGCUUCCAGAAAUUUGAGUUCUCCUUCAACGAAAAUGUUAAGCCGUAUCAAAAUUUUGAAAUCAGUGACAUAUUGGGGAUGAAACUAGUCCACAAUCACGAUAAAUACUUUGACUUAAUGAUGGUGGCUCGAUAUAAGAAGGAAAUGUGUUGGUGAUUUGGUUGAUAGAGUAUGUAAGAAGUUGACAGGAUGGAAAGGAAAAACACCCUCGGUCACAACAAGGGAGGCGCUAAUAAAAUUAACGACACAUGCUCAACUUACUUAUGUGAUGUCAUUGUUUAAGGUAGUGAAGGGGUGAUCGGCGAGGUCCAUAACUUCAUAUUUGAAUUUAUAGUGGGGACAAUUUGGCACAUAAAGAAGAAAUCAUUAGAUCAACCAGGAAAAAUUAUUGAAUGAACAUUAGGUUGGGGUAAUCCGGUAAUGGGAUUCAGGGACCUCCUUGGGUUCGACGUGGCUCUCUUGUUUUUUUUUUUUUUUGGAAUUCAUAAGAAUCCAAACUCUCUAAUUGCCCAAAUCCUAAAGCCGAUGUACCACAAGAACGGUUAUGUGUUGGAGGUGAGAGUUGGAUAUCACCCAAACUUCAUAUGGAGGAAUCCCAUGAGUGCCCAAGAUUUCCCACUGUACCGAGUUGUUUUCUGUCAUCUGCACUUAAGCAACUGUCGGUGGAAGCCAUAGUGAGUGAGCUGAUGAAUGAAGAUAGGAAACAAUAGGAUAUGACAAUACUCGGAAGUUUUGUUUUUCCCAGCGGACAUAGUACUCACCAUUUCUCAAUGUCGAUCCAGAGUAAUGGGGAAAGGGAUGAAACGAUUUGGCAAUAUACCAUUAGUGGAGAC